UAUGUCCGCAGAUGAUCCCGCAAAGGAUCCCAAGGACUGGGUUGUCGAAGGGAGCAAGGAUGGGGGAUCCAGCUGGCAUAUUUUGGAUCAACAAAUUAACCAACUCUUUAAAUGGCGUUAUGAACAGAAAUUAUACAUGAUAAAAUCAACAGCUUUCCCAUCAAAUCUUUUCAGGUUCCAGUUUCUGGCUGUACGCGACGUUCACUCAACUGGGCUGCAGGUAGGUAAGAUUGACCUGUAUGCAAAGAACAGUUAGCGGGCUCCUAUGUGCGCUGAAGAACAAGCUGUACCCAAAUCACUUGGUUGUUCUUCUGGUUUUGUUCUUUCUGAAUAUUGUUUCCCCCUACUGUCUUCCUGAGCAUGAAACAAAGAUAACUGGUGCUGGUAUGUAGUAUUGCGAUUUCAUACACGACAUUUAGCAAAUCAUGAA